CAGCAGCAUGGCGGGUUGGGCUGGGGAUCAUGGGCACUGCAGUCCGGCUCAUCUGGACAGGGCCUCCUCAGUGGUGGCCCCCUGACUUAGGAAGGCUUCCCCCAGUGAGCUCUGCCUGGAACCAGUACUGUCUCUUUGCUUGCACUGGCCUAGCUCCUGCCUCUCCUCCCAGGCAUCUGGUAGUGCAAGAUAAGGCCUUUAGUGCAUUCUUGGAUUCCCACUGCUGAUUGUUUAACGUAGUUUGAGGAUGUUUGUAUGGUGUUACGCUAUACUGUUGUACCUUUAGAGUCUUAACCAUUAUAAACAGCCCAGAGAGUUCUGGCGGUUAGAUGGUGUAGCAAUGCAAGGAAUGAAUGACCUGAAGUCCCCAGCAGCCAUUUCACUUUUAUCUGUUUUUUUUCUGGGGACAGAUUCAGGCUGCUGCCAGGAAAUGAAGCACGCCAAUCUGCUGGAAUCCCUGCGCUUCAGGGUAGCUCUCUUGGAGCAGAAGCUCACCCGGGAGCCGCAGUGGGAUGAAUUGCGCCGGCUGAGAGCCGAGGUAUCUGAGCAGGUGCCCUGGCUGCUGCCCUGUCCGGAGGGGGCCUGGGACUUCACCCAGCAUGCCUUGCUCCUGCUGCUGAGCCUGAAGCGGUCCAUGGAUCUCCUCGCAGCUGCGUACUCUCCCCCGCCGCCGAACCCCAGGACCGCCGAGGCUGCACCCCCUCUGCGCCCCGACACCCUCAGCAUCGCCCAGGAGCGGACGGUGCAGGCGGCCCUGCAGGCGGUGGUGGCUGUGGGCCUCUGCCCAUACCUCUCGCCUGGAGUCGGGCUGCCCCUGAGCCGCAGGACCGAGUUCAGCGCCCUGGUCCAGGCGGUGGCGGCCUCCGGCGGCCCUUCCCAGGCCCCGCGCAAGCUUUUCACCACCUGCAUCGGCCUGCUGGAGAUCGCUCAGCACCCAGCGCUGGGUGGCCUUAUUCUCACCCAGCACCUGGGGGAUCUGCUCGCCGGCUUGUGUCAGCUUGGAUUCUGCCCUGUGAGGAAGAAGAGUGAAGAAGCAAAGAUGCCGGAAGAGCGAGCGGGGCUCCCUGAAGAGGAGCGAACCCGCUGCAAGGAGGCGUUGCGAGGCCUCCUGGACAGAGUUUACCAGCCGCUGGUGGUUCGGGAGCUGCUGCUGCUUCAAGGUGGACCCAAACAGGGCGCCUGUUCCAACAGGCGGGGCAGCGAGCAGUGUCUGGCUCCGGCCCCUGCCUGGCUGCGACGCCUCUGCGGGCAGCUGCUCUCCGAGAGGCUGAUGAGACCCAACGGGGUGCAGGCUGUGGUCCGUGGCAUCCUGGAGGGCGCCGGAGCGGGGGCUGUGGGGGGCAGCGGUGCCGAAGCAGCGGCAGCCGACUGGCAGAAGUGUGACGCGGUGGCCAGGAUCCUGUCCUCCUGCCCCCAGCAGUCCCUGUCCCUGGAGGACUAUUACCGACAGGUGUGCCCGCAGGUCUUGCAGCUGUUCCUCCUCCAGGACAAGCUAGCAGCCCGUCAGUUCCAGCGAGUGGCCACUGCAACCGUCCUCGGCAUGGCGAGGCAGUGCCCACGGCAAGCAGAGAAGCACCUGCUGCGCCCCAUGCUGGGCCCGCUUCUGCGCUGCCUGGAGGCGGCAGAAACUUCGCUGGACGAUCUGCCGGCAGGAACGGUGCUGGUGGAGGAGGAGGAGCUCAGCUCGUGUGUGGAAACCGUGUUUAAGGUGUACGUGGUCGGCAAUGAGCCCGUGCCGGUGCUGAUGGAGGCCCUGCAGCUUGCUCUGGGAGUCCUCUUCUCCCUCUGGUGCUUUGCCAGGCAGAACGUCUCCUUCUUGCGCACGCCAUGCCAGGAGAUCCUGCUCUGGUUCUUGGAGAAGAGUGAGAGGAAGGUGGCGCUGGGCGUCCUGGGAGGACUUGCGCAGCUGGGAGGAGCCCCCCGCCCGCCCCAUCCACGCUGCCGGUUCCAAGCGGCCGACGAAGGGGGUGCGAUGGCCACCAUCACAGAGGCCGCCAGCGAUGAAGACGAGGCGCUGUAUGAGAAGGUGUCAUCCGAGCAGCGGCAGCUGGAGCAGCUGGUAGAGUUGCUGUCUCACUGCCAGAGCAGUGGCUUGGCCGGAGAGUUCUUCCUGUCCUGCUUGAAGGAGCUGACCGGCGUGGCGGAGCACGCGCUUGGCACCGAGGAGCCCGGCCCCGCGGGCCCUGCGAGCCCCCUGGACCUGGAGCGGAGCUGCGGCCGCCCCGCAGAGGAGCAGGAGAGGCGGCUGCGGGUGCUGCAGCUGCUGGCCCUGCUGUGCGAGGGCGUCUCGGACACGCUGCUGACGGACAUCGCCCAGGUUGUGGAGUUCGUGGCAGCAACGCUGCAGCGGGCUCGCACGAGUUUCGGCAGCAGCUCCGGGGGUGCCGUGGAAGCCCAGACGCUGAGCAUGGCCAUGGGGCUCGUGGCAGCCCUACUGGGAGGUGCUGCGCAGCUGAAGCCAGCCGACUUGGCCGCCCUGCAGCAGCUGGUGCCUCUGCUGGAGGAGGUCUCCCGCCUGCACCCGGAGCCUGUCAUCCAGGAGCUCGCCGCAGACCUGCGCAUCGCCAUCUGCACCCGCGGGGCCUUUGCCACGGAGGCCGUCUGCUCUGCCGCUCGGGGCACCCUGGGCCUGGGCCGGGCACGGGGGCUGGGCCAAGCGGGGACUGGCGUGAGCCGAGGUGCCACUGCGAGUGCCCAGGGCGGGGGUCCCAAGCCUGAGGGGGCUCUGCAGCAGGCGUCCAGAGAGCACAGCUCGCCCGCCGAGCCCAAUGUCGCCGCGCCAGAGGACCAGGCCGCCGCGCCCUCCGCAGAGCCGCACUUGGGCUCCCCGGCCCGGCAGAGCCUGCGCGAGCUCCUGGCGUCUGCUUACGACCCUGACGUCCCAGCCCGAGCAGCCGCCUUGCGCAGCCUGGCUCGCUUGAUCGAGCGGCGGGACCCCGGGGCCCUGGAGGUUCAGGAGCAGCUGCUGAAGGUUUUCAUGGAGAACUUGGAACACGAGGACUCCUUUGUUUACCUUUCUGCCAUCCAAGGGGUCGCCCUGCUGUCCGACGUGCUCCCCACACGAGUCCUGCACUGUCUGCUGGCCCAGUUUGGGGGCGUCCAGCCGAGCGCACGGAAAGCACUGAGUGCCGAGACCAGGAUGAAAGUGGGCGAGGCACUGAUGCGCAUCACACGAGCACUGGGGGACCUCGUCUUCCCGCACCGAGACGGCCUGAUCCAUGCCUUCCUGCGAGGUGCCAGGGACCCCGACAGCACCCUCCGGGCCAGCAGCCUCUCCAACCUGGGCGAGCUGUGCCAGACUCUCGGCUUCCAGCUGGGCUCGGUGGUCCACGAGGUGACCUCGUGCCUGUCUGCCGUGGUGAAGACGGACCGCGAGGCUGAAGUGCGGAGGGCGGCGGUGCACGUGGUCGUGCUGCUCCUGCGGGGGCUCAGCGAGCGGGCCGUGGAGGUGCUCCGGGACGUCCUGCUAGAGCUCUACCGCCUGCUGAAGUGGGUGGUGCGCUGCGAGCGGGACGAGGUGGCCGUGCUCCACGCGCAGCUGGCCUUGCAGGAGCUGGACGACGUCACACGGCGCUUUCUGUUUCCCCGCCAGUCGCUCGAGAAGAAGAUCCAAGUCUUGCCGUAGGGCCGGCCGAGCAGCGCUGUGCACCUCUUGGGGGGGGGGGGCGGGGAGGCGGGGGGGCUGACAGGGGAGGUGGGCACUGGGGGCGUCGGUUGCAAACCUCCCCCACCUGGAUCUCUGCCCCCGGGGGCUGCCUGUGCAGACGGCCCCUUGCCAUGGGGCUUGGGCCCCGGAGUGGAGGGCCUCGGGACUGAUGCGGAGCUGCAGAGAAUUAAACGGAGUGGAGGAGCCGCA